AUGGCACUCCAUGGGAGAUCACCGUCAGGAAAGAUCUCCUCUCUCAGGUACAGGGGCAAUCUUACACCCCUGCUCAGAGAUGUGGAAGCUCUGGAUCUGGCCCCUGAAGGGGACCUCUCAUCUGAAGUGGAGUCUUUUUCGCCUCUGGUGCAAUCAACACUACCUCGACCCAGUUCACUGCCUGACCAUGCCUUCUGUCCUUCCUGGGACCUCUCUGUGGUCUUGGAGAAGCUGCUGGAAGAUCCCUUUGAGCCCAUGGAGUCAGCCUCUGAGAAGUUACAGCUCUUAGCCAUGGCCUCCCAAAAAAGAGUGGGAGAUAUUCAGGCCCUUUCAGUCACCCAGGCCUGCAUAGAAUUUGCCCCUGGCAUGUCCAAGGCUAUCCUGUACCCCAGGGCAGGAGAGGUCCCCAAGGUUUCCAGUCCUCCGCCCCAUGAGACUUGGUGGAAAACUUGUGGCCUUGUGCUCUCUCACGGCCUCUGGCACAGUCAUCGACCGGUGUGUUUCAGUGUGGGUAUUGACAUUCCCAUGGCAUCAGCCUUGACACAGCAUCAAGUUCCCUUCAAAGGGAACUACACCAGCUCGUCAUUGUUUGUUUUUUGUUUCAAGAUUGAAGAACGAUAUGAUGCAGACCUCCAGGGAGAUCUUACAGGAAUCUGGUUAAAAGAUGGCAUUGAUGUUCAAAAUAACAAAGUCUUUAACUCUAAAGUAAAUACAGAGAACAAGAUUGAAGGUGAAAUUAUAGGAGAUCUCCUCAUGAAGAACUGCACCACCUUCUUCUAUGAUAUCAGACAGAGUGACAUUGGAACAUAUUACUUUAGAUUAGAGGCUUUAGGAAAACUGAAAUACACAUAUAAUUCUCCAUCAGUAUCAGUAAGAGUUCAAGUAUCUCCAAUCAGCCCCUCAAUAACACUGUAUAAGGAGGAUCAGGGGGAGGUGGAGGACCACAAUGAGGUGGUGGAGGGAACUUCACUGAGUCUCAUUUGCUCUGCUCCAGCUGCUCCAUGUCUCUUAAAGCCUCCCACUUUUACAUGGAGCUUCCUACCUGGGGAGAGAAGACAGGAGCAGAAGCACAACACCAGCUUCAGCUCCUCAAAGCUGAACUUCAACGCUACUCACCUGCAUCAUGGACACGAUUUAAACUGCACUGCCACCUACAAGCUCCAGAACCAUAACAAAUCAGUACAGAGCUCUCGUACUCUACAUGUUCUGUAUGGUCCUAGAGACACAUCACUAUCAGUGUCUCCAUCUGAUUCAGUACUUUUGGGCAGUUCAGUGUCUCUGAGUUGCAGCAGUGAUGCAAACCCAGCAGUGCUGAACUACACCUGGUACAGAGAGAACGGAGAGCAGAUAGGAACCGGAGACCAUCUCACCAUCAACACGACUGAUUCUACACACAGUGGUUUAUAUUACUGUAGAGCUCAAAACCAGCACGGAGAUCAGAACACAUCUGUGUUCCUGGAUGUUCAGUAUGCUCCCAAGGUCUCUCCAUCCUCCAGCUGUAACAGCACUCAGGAUUUGAUCAUGUGUUCCUGUGAGGUUCGUGGAAAUCCAUCUCCUAAACUGCAGUGGAGUCUCUCUGAUCAAACAUCUUCAAUCAUGAGGGAAGAGUCUGUGAACAACACAACCUUAAGAAGCUCCAUCUCCGUUCAUCAGUCAUUUACAGACAUGCUCACUCUGCAGUGUGUUGGCUCCAAUAACCUGGGCACCGACACACAGCUCUUCUAUAUAAAGAAAGUUCCUCAUCACUCUAAUAAAGCUGUGGAUAUUUCAUCUUUGCUGAUUGGUGCUGCUGUGAUGGUGAUGGUGUACGGUAUUUUCCUGUGGUUAAGGAGAGUUUAUAAUUCCCAGUCUGAUGGAGAAGACACAACAGGAUUCAUUUUAACUAAUAUGCAGUUGAACACACAAGUGCUUUCUCCUUUCUCGCUGAUGACUACGCUACGGACCACCUUCGCUCCAGAUACAAAAUAAAGGAGAAAUCAUACAAACUGAGACUCAAGAAAGAAAUACAUGGCUGAAAUCCUUUAUGCACAUGUUAAAUCUAUUAAAGAGAACUGAAGAUGAAAAAAAUAAAUCACAUGGGUUUUGUAAAUUGCUAAGAAAAUCAGAAAAACCUUACUGCUUAAUGCACAAGCUGUUUUAUCUAAUGUGUAUUAAUAAUUGUGUAAUUUAAUUUCUACUUUUCAUCUGAUUAUUAGUAAAUCUGUAAAAAAGUUUGUAAUUAUAUAGUUGCAUAAAAAGUGUGCGUGUGUUUGUAUGUGUGAGUGUGUGUGAGUGUGUGUGAGUGUGUGAGUGUGUGUGUGUGUGUGAGUGUGUGUGUGAGUGAGUGUGUGUGAAUGUGUGAGUGUGUGUGUGUAUGUGUGAGUGUGUGUGAGUGUGUGAGUGUGUGUGUGUAUGUGUGAGUGUGUGUGAAUGUGUGAGUGUGUGUGUGUGUGUGUGUGUGAGUGAAUGUGUUAGUGUGUGUGUGUGUAUGGGUGUGAGUGUGUAUGUGUGAGUGUGUGUGAGUGUGUGUGUGUGUAUGUGUGAGUGUGUGUAAUGUGUGAGUGUGUGUUUGUGUGUGUAUGAGUGUGUGUGUAUGUGUGAGUGUGUGAGUGUGUGUGUGUGUGAGUGUGUGUGAGUGUGUGAGCGUGUGUGUGUGUGUGUAUGUGUGAGUGUGUGUGAAUGUGUGUGUGUGUUUGUGUGUGUGUGAGUGUGUGUGUAUGUGUGAGUGUGUGUGAGUGUGUGUGUGUGUGUGUGAGUGUGUGUGUGUGAGUGUGUGAGUGUGUGUGUGUGAAUGUGUGUGUGUGUGUGAGUGUGUGAGUGUGUGUGUGUGUGAGAGUGUGAGUGAGUGUGUGAGUGAGUGUGUGUGAAUGUGUUAGUGUGUGUAUGGGUGUGAGUGUGUAUGUGUGAGUGUGUGUGUGUGUAUGUGUGAGUGUGUGUAAUGUGUGAGUGUGUGUUUGUGUGUGCAUGAGUGUGUGUGUGUGUGUGUGUGUGAGUGUGUGUGAGUGUGUGAGCGUGUGUGUGUGUGUGUGUGUGUGUGUGUAUGUGUGAGUGUGUGUGAAUGUGUGAGUGUGUGUUUGUGUGUGUGUGAGUGUGUGUGUAUGUGUGAGUGUGUGUGAGUGUGUGAGUGUGUGUGUGUGUGUGUGUGAGUGUGUGUGUGUGUGAAUGUGUGAGUUUGUGUGUGUGUGAGUGUGUGUGUAUGUGUGAGUGUGUGAGUGUGUGUGAGUGUGUGUUUGUGUGUGAGUGAGUGUGUGUGAAUGUGUGUUAAUUCGAUGUGCUCUCUUAUAAAGUGUCCACAGUGUGAAGAAUAAUCUGACUGAGAGAUCAUCUGAUAUACUUAUAGACACUAUACUGUACUCAUCAUUUCCUGUUUUAAAUAAGCUCCGCCCCGUGUGUAACUCCACAUGAACAGUUAUUUCAGUGUUAAAUCCUAACUGGACUGAGUUUAUUGUGCUUAUUAGCAUAAAGCUUUACAUCAAAUUGUAAAAAGCUUGUCAUUAAACGAGUGAUACUU